AAAAAUAAGAGAACUGGCCCCUAAUAAUUGACUAAUAGUAAUUAGAAAAUGGCAUUAAAAAUCAUAUAAAAAAGCAUUAAAUCAAGGAAAUAAAUUUUUAUUUUUAUAUAUAUUGGGUAUCUCCUGAAUAUCGUCCUUAAUAUUAUUUUUGUUUUUUUAUGAAAAUUUUUUGCGCAUAUAAUACGCAUAUAUUCAGUUAUAUUGGGUCAAUUGGCUUUUAUUUUGAUUCUAAACUUAUCUUUUUUUAUUUUUCUUACCAUUCAACUGGAAGUUGUAUAAGAAUACCUGCUCCACCAGCUAAUUGUAAUCCAAGAAAUGCUAUAGCUUGACGAGCACUAAGUGCUCCUGAUGCUAAAGGUCUCAUUGCUGUUCGUUCAACACGUGCAUCAAUUUUUCGAUCCCAUAGAUCAUUUAUAGUACAACCUGCUCCACGCAUUAAUAUGGAUCCUGCACCAAAUAAUCCAAGCAUUGAUAAAGUUUCAUGAGCUGAUAUAGUUUGUGAGUAUGCGGCCAUGGUAAUAGACCAAGUUGAGGGUAAAUAUAAUAGCCACGCGCCAAUAGGGUUAUUCCAGCGUGCAAGUUGUGCAUAAGGAAUAAAAAAUUUUUGGAUGGAAAGUUUAUUAAUUUUUCUUAAUUUUAAUUUCAACAUAUACUUUUUAUUUGAAGAUCGUUUUUUUCGUAGAUCUCGUUUAUAUUUCUUUCGAUUAUUUAAAUAUUUCUAUAAUUUUGUUUAUUCAGGUUAUGUCACGUAUUCUUUUAUUUCCAGGUAUGUUUUUUAUAUGGCAAGGUACGCAAUAUAUUGGUAUGGCACGGCCAUGGAUUGAAGCGUUUUGUGAGGCUCGGCAUUUUUUUAAUGAGGUAGAUGAAGUUCUUGGAUUUUCUUUACAAAAAGUUAUGAAUUAUGGACCAUCGAAGGUUCUUGAUCAAAGUGAAAAUGCUCAACCUGCUAUUCUUGCUACUAGUUAUUGUAUUAUUGAGAUAUUACGUAAGCAUUUUGGUAUUGAGUUAAAAGAUUAUUUUACAUAUACGAUGGGACAUUCAUUGGGUGAAUAUACAUCAUUACUUUUUGCUGGAGUUUUUUCAUUACCGACUGCUAUUCGUUUGGUAAGAGAACGUGGUGAAUGGAUGAAAUCUAUAGCAUGUCAUGAAACUCAAGUUAUUGCUGUGAUGCAGAAGCGUUUUAUACUUGAUACAUUGAUUCAACAACUUAAAAUAUUUCAAGAAGAAUUGCCGGCUGGUCAAAUAAUUGGUUUAGCUAAUGAUAAUACCAAUACACAAAUUGUUUUAUCUGGCACUAAACAAACACUUAACACAUUUUUAACCCGAUUUUCUUUACGUAAUCGAUGUAUAUUACGUACAAUUCCUUUACGUGUUUCGGUCCCUGUUCAUUCAUCAUUUAUGAAUCCUGUUUCGAAUAACUUAAUGGAUAAACUUGAUACUCUUUCUUUGUUUCCACCUUCUAUUACUGUUAUUUCAAAUGUUACGGCACAACCAUAUCCGACUGAUCUUUUUUUAUUGAAAAAACUUUUAGCUAGGCAGACUAAAGAAACAGUUCAAUGGUUUCAAAGUACACAAUAUGUCUUAAAACAUGUUGCCCCAAUUCAAUGGGUUGCUAUGGGUCCAAAACAUGUUAUUUUUCAUAUGUUAACUUCACAGAUUUCUGAACACUAUCUUUUUAAAUUAGCUUCAGUUAAGGAUAUUUUUCCUCUGUUAAACAGUUUAGAAAAAAAUAUUAUUUUAAAUUCUUAA